UGAGUUCACCACCAACUCUAACAGCAGUUUCCAUUCUAGCUAGUUUCACUUCACAAGUGCAGGCAGGAAAAAGCGAGCCGCAGAAGAAGAGCUCUACUCAGUAUGUUUACAUCAGCUGGAGGUGACAGAGCAGAGGCAGUUCUGACAGUAUGGCUCAAACUUUCAGUCUAUGAUUUAGUAUGAUUUAUAACAUCGACUGACCGGGAGACAUGGGCGCGUUAGCUUGUCUUUCUGUGCUGUGCUGGCUGUGGUUUUGCCCGCUGGUGUCCAGCGAACAGGUGGCUUUUGUAGAGGUGUUUCUGGAAGACCAUCAGCAUGUUUUGCAGGGUGAGGUGGUCCAGGGGAGUCUGGAAAACCACAGCAAAAAGAAACAUGACCUCAAUGGAGACCUCAUCUUAAUUAAAGGUGAAGCUAUUAAAACCAGCACUGAAAGCAGUGAUGGAAAGGAUCCGAACCCCUGGAUUGGAGUGGUACCUGUCCAGAUGCAGGAAGGCACAGUUUCCAGUAACCGCAACCAGGAGUCGUUUGCUGCCUCUGUGGUCAAUAAGAUGAAGCGUGCUCUUGUUUUGGGUGCGUCUGCUCUGAUCAUCCUGGCUUUAAACCAGAAUACUGUCCGAGAGAUGGAUCUCUCUCAGGUUCUCUCAAAGCCAAUCAUUAUCAUUCAGACAUCAGAAAAUGUCACUAAGCUCAUUGGAGCACUCCUCAGGGGCCUUCGUGCUACAGCAAAAAUCACUUACAAGUCUUUUCUACAGGACAGUCUGGGGGCCACCUUGACCCUGUGGUCCAGCUGCGGCCGUUCGAGAGGAGGGUUGUACGGGGAAUGGCAAGGGGUCAUCUGCACCGGGGAGACCAACUCUCAGGUCCAGAAAUAUCUCCAGCAGCUCUGGAAUACUGUCGUUCUGGUGGCCUUGGUCCUCUCCACAGGGGUCAUAGUUCAUGCACGCUGGCAGUACCAGGACAACCAGUUUAACGAUGAUUUAGAGUCAGACCUAAAGCAAGACAUUUUAAAGAGAUUAUCAGCACUGAAGACGAGGAUAUACCGGCAACCCAAAGUGAGAUGUGACCCAACACAAACUCAACCGGUGGAGAUGGACAGUUGUGCAGUUUGUCUGGAGCAAUACAACAACAACCAGUGUUUGAGGGUGUUACCGUGUCUCCAUGAAUUCCACAGAGAUUGUGUGGAUCCCUGGCUACUCCUUCAGCAGACCUGUCCUCUCUGCAAACGUAGCGUGCUUGGUAAUUUUUAUUGAGCUGGACCAGGAAGGAUUUUGGACUAGGAAUUUGUAUGAAUUGGUUUGACUCUUCUGAUUCAGACUUUUCAUAGCAACUAAACCCCUCCACUGUACUGUAAGGUCAGAAUAUCUCCAUUUGACCUCU